AUGGCUUCAAGUCUCUAUAGGGACCUGCCCCUCACUUCGCCAAGGUCGAUUCGCAUCCUCAACAUCGAGGCUGUGUCGGCGCCUCAGCCUCAAAUUGAAGCUGGGAUCCAGCUCAGCCUUCGAGUGGUAAAUCUCGACGAUGGCCCAUCUUACAAUGCACUUUCCUACACGUGGGGCCCUCCGAGUCGUGAGGCUGCAGCAAGAGGGAUAGACGGUACCCCGACGUGUCGUAUCAACUGCAAUGGAGAGUCGAUUCUGGUGACGCAAAACCUCUUUGACUGUCUACAGCAGCUCCUACACGACGGCAAUUGCACGGAAUUAUGGAUAGAUGCUAUUUGUAUCGGCCAGGGGAGCGAAGAACAAAACCAGCAAGUUAAUUUGAUGGCGGAGAUUUACCGGCAGGCGAAAAAGGUGAUUAUUUGGCUAGGCAAAGCGGACGAACAUACUGAACGAGCACGCACCUUCAUAGAAAAGUUUGCCAGAUCCCAUAGGGCGAAUGCUAGUGGAACAGAGUCAACAGACCACCAAGCCAUAGUUGACGAGCUCAAGCAACAGCAAUUGUCAGCCUUGGCCUCCUUUUUUAACAGAACUUGGUUUACCCGAGUAUGGGUUGUUCAAGAGGUGGUCCUUUCCCAGGAAGCUACCGUGAUAUGUGGUUCCUACGUGUUCAAAUGGGAUGACAUUACAGAAGUGUCUCACUACCUAGCCACAGAAUUUCAUGCAGCCGGCCUUGAACUGCAGGAGUUGCCAUACAAGAAUCCCGCGAAAAUGGCUGCCGUGAGGAGAGAUCUGGUUAAACUCGCUGCGGUUGGGAAACAUUCCAACAGAGACAGCGCCAUACUAUUGCAUAGCCUCAUCAGGUUUCGCACCUGGGAUUCUGUCAGAGGGCAUGACAAGGUCUACGGUCUUCUCGGAAUCCACAAGGCUGCUUUGGAGCUAGAGGACGCCGAGCCUGAUUCUCCCUUGUAUCCACGUUAUGAGAGAGAUGUGCGAAGGGCGUAUAUUGACAUUGCAAAGUACAUCUUGGAACAUACUUCUGAUCUCUUGCUCCUUGCACACGUCGAGGGCCAAGACUUUCAGAGCAUCGCUUCGUUGCCCAGUUGGGUUCCGGAUUGGAGUGUCAAGGGUACCUUGGGUCUUGGAAUAACGGGCUAUGAGCGCUUUGAUGCUGCUGCCGGCACAGAAGCUUAUGUGAAGCCCAACAUUUCGGAUGAAAAUAUUCUGACAUUCAGGGCAGCCAAACUCGACGCUGUCACCAAGACGGGGGAGACGAAAGCAGAGGUGGAUAGAGGCAUGCCAUUCGUGAAAUGGCUGGAUAUCCUCAAUGAGACCGAAGAGCUCUACCCUACUAAAGAACAGCGGCAGGACGUCUUUUGGAGAUGCUUAAUUACGAACACGGACAUGAGCGGCAAAUUCCCUUCAUCUGAUUUAAGAAAUGAGUUUUGGAGCUGGAUUCGUGGCCGCAGGGCCGCACGAGGCCCCGAGCAGCUUGAUGAGUCCGUUGUUAAAGAAGAAUCGAACAAGGCCCCCAAGUUCCACAGUUGUUAUUCUCAUUCACUGCUUCUGCGCUUAUUUAGCACUGCAAAGGGCUUCAUGGGAGUUGGCUCGCAGUCGAUGAAAGCAGGUGACUCUGUGUGGAUUGUUCCCGGCUCUAGGGUGCCCCUACUGUUGCGUCCAUCGCCCUCGCACGAAGGGCGAUGGAGGCUUGUGGGCGGAGCAUAUGUGCACGGUUUCAUGCAAGGAGAGGCAUCAGAGUGCAACUUAUCAUUUAGAACCAUCUACAUAGAAUGA